AUGGUUAGCUUUCGGCAAAAUCCGGCUUUAAAAGAACCAGUCAAAACCCUGAGUUACACAUUGAGACAACCCCAAAUAGUAAUGAGAAAAGAUGAUGAUUUGAAUAUGGGUGCUGCAGAUUUAGUUUUAUCUUAUAACAAAGUCUUGAAAGCAGUACAAAGAUUACUAAAAGAAGUUACGAGACCUCCAAAACACUGCGGGAUAGAUGCUUGUGCAAUUUAUAAAACUGAAUGA